AUGAUUAGGAACAUGAUUAUGGAAAUGCCUGGGAAACUCGAUCACGCCUCUGUGGUUGCUUACCAAGUCGGUAGUGAAUGGCCAGUGACAACUGAAAGAGAAACUGAUGAAAAAACGAUUUUUGAAGAGUCUCCAAUAAAUAAUUUAAAAAUAGAGGAUUUGGAGAUUAAGGAGGAAAAUAGAGAGGAAAAUACGUUUAAUAAUUUUAUUAAUCCAAAUAAACAAUCUGUUGCUGUUCAAUGUUCGUGGAGGCCUCCAACGGCCGCAUUUUCACGCUCAUCUAAACAUUCACAACAACACACUCAAACUCAACAAACAUUAAAUACAAACACAACAACACAAACAAAAACAUUUAACACAAUAAACAUAUCAAACAACAUUAUAAACAACCAACAUAAACAUCAAAACAUUAAAGAGAAAAGGUGUUUGGCUGACUUGUCUCCCUCUAAAAUUGUUCCGGUGAAAACAUUUGAAGAAAAGGAUGUUUUGAUUGGAUUAAAAACGAAGAAAAAUGUUGAGAGGAAUGUUGAGAAGAAUUUUGAGAAAAAUAGAGAAAUAAAUACGAAUAAAAGUCCUUAUGAAGAAUUACCCCGUUUUGGAGAAGGGGAUGAAGAAGAAAAUAGUCAAAGUGAAAAUUACGAAAAUAAAGAAAUAUUAAAUGGAGAUAAGGGGAGAAAAAGCAAGCGUCGUCAUGGGAGAGGUUCGUUAGCUAGACAUACACUAGGUGUUGAUGUUAGUUGGUUAAAGCGCCUGGUAACAAACAAACAUGGAAUUUCUGCGGAGGAAAACAACAGCAACAAACAUGAGAACAACAAAGAAGAGAAGAAUAAAGAAGAUAAAAACAAACAGCAAAACAACAAACAAGACAACAAACAAGAGAAAAACAUCAAACACGAAAACAACAAACAAAACAAACACGAAAACAUCAAACACGAAAACAACAAACACGAAAACAACACACAACAAAACAAACACGAAAACAACACACCAGAAUACAAUCCUAACAACAACAACAAACAUUUAAAUAACAUCAAAACACAACAACAACACAAACAUUCCCCUCCAACAUUAAAUAGAAGUAAUAAAAAACAUGAGGAAGGAGAAACAACACGUUUUUCCUCAACAUCCUCCUCCUCCUCUACAAAUUCACAAAAACAACAAAAACACAAUCCUAGAUUGGAUUCUUUCGAUUUGAUAAAUAAAAAUUUGAAAAAGGGAACAUCAACAAUUUCUUCCUUACGCAAAAUUAAAGCAGCAUUUGCUAGUAGACCAAGUUCUGAAAGACGCCAAAUAAUUACCAAUAAAAAUAACAAUUUUAUUUUAAAUCAACAACAACCAAAUACAACAAAUUCUUUAAUUGUUUCUGUUGAUUUGGGUGGGAAUUUGCAACAACAAUCUUUACAACAUCAAAGGUGUUGA